GAAGCUUGUGAGUUUCCUUUUUUUUUUUUCCCAAAUACCAUGGCCACUUUUACUGAAAAUACAUCAUUCUAAGUAUAAAAAUUGAUGCUUCUUGCUAGACUGAGUAAUUUUAUUCCUGUAUACAUUUUCUUACUCAUCAUACCAACUUGUUUUUGAACUAUAAAGUCAUUGUAGUGGAAUUAAUGCACUUAAAUAUGCAGUACCAUUUUGAAUAUUGACUUUCUAAGAUUAUACACAUUUAUGGCUUAUAAGUGCUGACUGAGGAAUCUUGGUUUCCUGUGCUUUUAUCACUAGAAUCAACCUGUAUGCUUAAUUUGGGUACCCAGUCCCAUCACUGUUCAGGUUCACAUUAGCCAAUUUUUUUAAUUCAGUGAAAUUUGACUUUUUUGCAGGUGGUGGUAACUUUACUGUGUUGGUAAGACAAAUAUUUGUCUUAUUUUCCUUUUGGAAAGUAGUAACAAUGUUCUACUUGGUUUUAGUCUGUGUGCCAUGACUUCAGUGAUAAUAGGCAUAAAUAAUACUGUAGUGUGCCAUAGCUUAAGUGAUAAUGGGCAUAAUUAAUACUGUACAGGUUGCUUAUGUAGCUGUUCUGUUGGGAUUCCGUGUUUUGAGAAUCCUCUGGCUGAUUUAUUCCCAGUUUUGCUUCAGUAGACGCUUUCUGCCACCUACCGUUUGCUUUGCAACACUGCUUGUUAUUUUCAUUUUGCGCUUGGAUUUUCAAUGCUCUGACCCUACUGGAGUAAUUUUUUUUUUUCUAAUGGAAGUGGUUUAAUUGUUGAUUGAUUGGUUGAUUAUUUUUUUCCUCUUGGAUUAGUUCUGCAAAUGCAUGAUGUGGCACAUGUGGUUUACGUAAAUAUCUGGGCUGACUAAAACUUCAAAAAAGAGCUGUACAGUUGGGACCUAAGGGGUCGCAACAGGGAUAAUGUGGAGAACUUCAGCUGUUUUCCUCCAGACAGCUGGCAGUGUCAGAUCUGGGAGAUUACCACUCUGCCUCCAAUCUCUAACCUAAGUGUCACUCGGGAUGUGUCAUGCAGCUUUAAGGCAUAGAUGCUGGCUGUGCCUGCUAACUUAGUACUUCUAUUUCUUCUUGUUUCUGCUCCCAUCCAUCCAUUUACAUUUAUGAUGUCAAGUCAUGGGGUUUAAGAAAACAAAUCAAGCAUCCUGCGUAGCAAAUCUUGAUGUAGAAUAAUUUCAAAAUCUACAUAUUCAAAGGCAUUAAUCUCUAAAAUGGUAACAGUUAUUAGUUUGGUGCUGUCAUUAAGAGUGAGCUGUGAGACAAAAGGCUGAGCUACUCUGUUUAAUAUAUUGUAAUAAAUAUAUGCCCCAGAACUGCUGUGAAAACAGGACCGUCUGUUCAUGUGUCAGUCAGGAAAACACUAGACCUGUAAAUUAACAAUCUGUCUUAUUGCCUUGAUGAGCAAGACUUGUGGGGUUUGAUUUGUUUUAUUUCCUGUCAUCUGGGACUCGCAGACUCCCAGGUAACAAGUAAUACCCUGUGCAAAUACAGCCUGCAAGAAUAAUUACAGAACAGUUAAUUGGAACCUGUUGCUGCCCCACUACCUGAAACCAGUGUUCCAGUACUUCAGCAGCUCAACAGAAGUUGCUGGUUUUCCAGUUCUUAAAACUGGGUAGAAAUCACGCUAUGCAUGAGAAUGUAUUUUUAUUUCUGCUUCUGCUUUUUCUUUGCUUUUACUACUGCUGCUCUUUUGCUUGCCUUACAGAUGCUCUGAUUUAGAGGUAUGCCAGAAGAAUAUCUCAGAAAGAAAAUAUCAAUGAUGAUGUGAAAGGAUUACUGCUUUGCUUCUACAUCACCCAGUGUUACCAGAAUUCAGACUACCAGAAUUGAGAUUGUGCUUGCUGUCGGGUAGGCACUUUCCAAUGGAAAAUAAUCCCCACUUUGGAGAGCUUACAGUUGAAGUCUAGACAGAGAUGUAUAUAAAUUGCACUUAAAAGAGCAAAGGGAGGUACAGUUCUCUCUGAAGAUGGGAGCUGAUGAGAAAAGUAACCUAUUGCUGCAGGCAGAUGUUGAAACGUACUUGGCUGGGCAGAUCCAGUGCUGUGCUGGGAAAGCAGGGCUGACUAGAAGUGGGUUCCCUUGCCCGCAAAGACAGCAGCUGCCUCAGGCACCUCAGCUGAGCUAAAGCAGAUGGCUGUUUGUGGAAGGUCAUUAUUUUUAGCUUGGAUUUCACCAAGUUGUCCUGUGGAGAAUCAGUAUAAUGAACAGACCAAGAGAUGCUUUUAGACUGCAUGCACCAGGCUUCCCAGCUACCUGCUAAGCAGAGAGUGUUACCUGUCACUCCCACGGCCCCCUGGGGUGCCAGCAGCCCACGGUGCACAGUCAGGCAGCAUGCCUUCCCUCGCACAUCUCCUUCAUCCCACCUGGACCUGGCUGUUCUGGGAGCCAGGCAGCUCCCCCAGCAGCUGUGAGAUGGCUCUGUGCUCAAGGUACCUACUCCAUUUGGUCUGUGCAUUCUAACUUAAGGGGUACAUUUAAGUUAUUUAUUAAUAGUGCAGAACUCUGUAAGAAUUCUGUGGGGAAAACAUAAGGAAGGCAUUUAAAAACAAUUCUAAAAAUAUUCUGACAAAAAAAAGUUUCUCAUAGAGCAUCAACCUCUUAAAAGAAAAAUGUGAAAAAGGCAGUGCUUGGAGUAUGGCCGGGCAGCUGCAGUUGGGAAGCAGGGAAGUGCCCUGCAGACAGCUCGUUCCUGUCUUCUACUUCUCAUUUACACGAAGACUGUGGAAAACCUUCAUGGUAUUUUCCAGUUUAAGUUCUCAGCACCUUUGCCCCAUUCUUUACAGCUUCCUGCAAGUGCUGUUAUCAGCUCAGCAGUUCUACCUAUGCAGAAACCAUGCCAAGAAGGGAAGGCCAAGCCCAAGAAGGAAAUGUUUGACACAUGGUUUGGAUCACUGCUUUUUUAAAAUUCCCAUGAUGAUUUGGCAUAAAUAAUUUUGUCUUUGCGUGCUUCUCUCAGCUCUGAACUUUGCAUGACUUUUCUUGGCUCAACAAACAUGACUCAGUGGAUUAACGACUGUUAGUACAUCACCCUGUCACCGUGCUGUAAAUCAAAGGCCCUGUAAAGACUUUGGGGAAAACGUUGUGAAGCUGAGCUCAGCGGCUUGUAGCAGGCUCAGGGGAUCCUUUGCGUGUUGAGCUUCCCACUUAUUGAAAGAUGUCACCAGUUGGAGCAGCAUUGUCCUGUUCCUGUCUCCGCCCCGGAGUAUGGCUGCUGAAGCCAGGUAUACAGAAGAGCAGCUCCCUUGGUUUACAUACAGCAGCCAGGUGUGCUGCCAAGGAUUAUUAUGAAGUACUUGUGCUGGGUGGAGGCUCUGGUGGAAUCGCCAUGAGUGCUCGGAUGAAGAGGAAAGUGGGGGCAGGAAAUGUGGCUGUCGUUGAGCCAAGUAAGACUCAUUACUAUCAGCCUCUGUGGACCCUGGUUGGUGCUGGUGCAAAGCAGCUGUCAGCUUCUGCACGUCCAACAGAGAGUGUGAUGCCUGAAGGUGUUGAGUGGAUUAAGUCUCGAGUUACAGCAUUGGAUCCAGAUAAGAACUGUGUCAGGCUGGAGAAUGAUGUCAAGAUAUCUUACAAGUACCUGAUAAUUGCUCUUGGGAUUAGUCUGCAUUAUGAAAAGAUCAAAGGCUUGCCUGAAGGUUUUCAUCACCCUAAAAUAGGUUCCAAUUAUUCGGUUCAUACAGUAGAGAAAACAUGGAAAGCCUUGCAAGAUUUCAAGGAAGGAAAUGCUAUCUUCACUUUUCCAAACACUCCAGUGAAAUGUGCAGGGGCUCCUCAAAAAAUCAUGUAUUUAUCUGAGGCCUAUUGGAGGAAAACAGGAAAACGACCCAAAGCAAACAUAAUGUUCAACACUUCGCUUGGUGUCAUUUUUGGUGUUAAGAAAUAUGCUGACGCAUUGCUUGAAAUAAUAAAGGAGAGGAACAUUGCUGUUAACUAUAAGUGCAACCUUGUUGAAGUUCGAGCAGACAAGCAAGAAGCUGUGUUUGAAAACCUGGAUAAACCUGGAGAGACCGAAGUUCAUCAGUAUGAAAUGCUUCAUGUCACACCCCCCAUGGGGCCACCUGAUGUACUUAUCAACAGCCCUGUCUCGGAUGAAACCGGCUGGGUAGAUGUAAAUAAGGAAACUCUACAACAUAAAAAGUAUCCUAAUAUUUUUGGUAUUGGAGAUUGCACCAACCUUCCAACAUCAAAAACUGCUGCAGCUGUAGCUGCCCAAUCAGGAGUGCUUGAUAAAACUAUUUCCCUGGUAAUGAAGAACCAGUCACCAACUAAAAAGUAUGAUGGAUAUACUUCCUGCCCACUAGUAACAAGCUAUAACAAGGUGAUUCUAGCAGAAUUUGACUACAAUGCUCAGCCUUUGGAGACCUUUCCCAUUGACCAAAGUAAGCAGAGGACAACAAUGUACCAUAUGAAAGCUGAUAUGAUGCCCUUUCUCUAUUGGAAUGCGUUACUCAAGGGAUAUUGGGGAGGACCAGCUCCUAUCAGAAAGCUGAUGCAUCUAGGCUUGAAGUAAAUGCUGGUUCUCAGCUGAAGUUCUUGAAGAAAUAAGGCUGGUCUCGUGCUGGAUGAGUAUGUAUACUUCCUUUUGGACAUCUCUUUAAUGACAGACUUUUUAAUCAUCAAGCUUUUGUCCCAAACUUUAACUUUCUACCUCCUAGGGAUUAAGCCUUACUACUUUCUCCUGUGUGAUCCAAGGCCUUAAAAUAAUUCUAUAUGUAGAUAGCAGUUUAAACUCAAGCGUGAGCUUGCCUUAAGCUGCAGGCCACUACUGAAACUUCCUACAGUAAUCAAUGCCUUUAAACCAGUUUUGUAUGUAAGGGAUUUUCUGUCACUGUAGCCCAACUUCCUUGCAUCUAAGAUCUAUAUGUGCACUUCAAAUAAUUUAAUAAAAUAAUUAAAUGCUAGAAAACAUUCUGACCA